UUUACUUUUCUGGUUUUAAGUAGAAAGCGCUACAUGGUGGUUUUCUAGUUAACUAUGAUACACUAGUAUUUGUGUAUUGCACAUCGAGUGACAAGUGUUUGAUGUUUUAUUUAUUUAUAUAUGGAUAUCUAUGCUUGAACUUUUAAUUAACACCUGUCAAUUAAAAGUCAAUGGAUGACGUCCCGUCAAGUCGUAAAGGUGUACAACUUUUGCAUAGUGGGCAACGGGAGGAAUUACAGUCUAAAUGGCGAUGCUGGUACGAACGGAAAAUUUCGUCUGAAUCAAACCGAGAGGAAAUUCCAAAAUGGAAACAGCUUUUGGCGACACACAGCUUUUCUUUUCCGAAAAAUGAUGACGCUGAAUAUCCUGAAGUUACGAAUCCAGAAGUCAUUAAUAUUGAAGACGACUUUUAUGAAAACACGUUGUUACCAGAACAUCUUUCGACUGAGGAUAAUGGAACAUAUUGGUCGACAGGCGAUGAUUUAACUUGUACAUUUCAAAGUGAUAAUUCAGAACCCAAAGAACCUUCCGAAUCGGAAAAAGUAGAUUUCAUAAUUGGCAAUUACGACACAGAAGAUGAAAAAAGAAUAGAGAAUCCAAAGUUUUGGAAAGAAUCUGAUAAUAUCGAGGAUUUAAAUGCAGACGAAUUAGAUUAUACAAUUGAAAACGAUGAUGUUAAGUCAGAAGACAGUGUACUGAAUCCGUCAUUGUUGAUGACAAGAUACAACUUAAACGACAAUUUGAAUUCAAAUAGAGAAAAUUACAAUGUAAAGACCGAAGACAGCUCAAAAGGGUUAAAUUCCGAUAAUUUAGGGAAUUUCAAAACAAACACUGUAGAUUGUAGAGUUGAAAAUGACAAUUCAAAGGAUAAAAAUAGUAUUAUGAAUCCACGGUUUUUCAUGGAUCCUAUCAAAGACAAGGGUUUCCAAACAGACCGCGAAAAGACUAACUUAUAUACCGAUAAUUACAAUAUGAAAAGACCGUCGGAUAUAGAAAAUCGCAGUGAUCUUCAGUCAAAUAUUCCAAUUUUUGUCAGUGAAACUUCCGAAGAACAUUCCACUAGAUACCUCAACGACUGGGAGAACCUUUCCGAUUUUCCCAAUGUUGGAUCCACACCAUCUGUUUCAAACACUGAUACUGACAGCAUAGUUGACAAAAACAAAGCUCUAAUGCAGUAUUAUUGUCCAUAUCCCCCGAAAUUACCAAGAAACAAAGAGGAAUUACCAGUUAAACAUUCAAGAGAAAAUCUAGUACCUGAAGCAGAUUAUCCUAAUGCUACUGAUUUACUAACAGAACCUAUAGCAUCACGAUACACUGGAAUGGAACAUAACUCUCCAGUUGAUUUUUGUCCAGAGAACUAUAUGAUAAAUACGAAUAGCAUUGCAAAUAGGCUUGGAACAAAUACUUUAACAAUCCCAUCUGCCGAGCAGAUAUCACAGGGAGACAAAUCAACAAUAAGUGAACACAGAUAUGACAACUUCCCGGGUGUGAGUAAAGCAAAAUGGAUGGAAUUAUUGGACAGUUGGAAAAUAGGUGGCCGUAUGCUAAGGCCAACGCAGAACAGCGCGCGAAGCAGUGUAUCUCCAAUAUCAGACUGUUCAACUGAAGGAAGGUGCAGAAUAAAUGGAACGUUUACAUCUUUAGAUAGAGGCUGCUUUAGGCCUGCAAUAAGAUAUCAUGGAUCCCACUGGAUAUCUAGUUUGGGAGGAUCAUCUACUCGACAGUCGUUUUCAACAAUUUCACGUAAAUCAGAAAAGAAAAAACACCGCAGAAGAAACAUCAUUGUCAUAAUCUUAAUAGCAUUAGCUUUGCUGGCAGCUUUAGCUAUGAUUGUUGGCAUAUCAAUAUUCUUUACCAAAGAAAAAGCCCUCCUGCGAGCACAUAUCAGUUUGAUAAUUGACAACAGAGAGUUCCAUGAUGCUAUGAAGGAUACUUCAUCGGAAGACUUUCUUUCCAUUGCAAAGCCACUAUGCAAUGAGAUGUACAAUGAUGUUGAUGGUAAAGUUGGAGUUUUCUUUGAUCUGGAUUUUUUGAAAAACUCACAUACUAACAGCGACAAAGCAAUAGAGGACAUCAUUAUAAAGAAGUCUGGAAGACUUGUUAAGAACGACAAAUUAUACCUUGUAAUUCGAGAUUUUUUAGUUUACGUUAAGAGCAUAAAAAUGACCCUGGAAACGGUUUAUGUUCCUGGACCAGUAGAACUUCCGGAUAGACAUAAAUAUCUUACAAGUGAGUUUACUGGUACUGAAUAUGUAUUGAUAGAAUUCUCACUUAUAAAAUAUACACAUAUCUUUAUUGAUAUUUGA